AGUGGAAGAAAUCUCUUAGGCCUUUGUAGAGAAAGAGAAUCAACAAGGAAACAUGAAUAAUUUUGAAAGAGACGGGAAAGAAACACAUGCACAACCUGAUGAACUCGUCGAUUCUAGAUUUCGAAAGGUUGUAUCAAGGACAAAAAGUGCAUCAAUUUCUAUUCCUAUGGUCUCGAUGGAGCCAUAUGAGAGAGAAACUAGUCUAGUGGGACAUACUGGUCCACUUUGUAGUGUGAGAAAAUCACCCUUAAUGCAGAUGAGUGGUCCACUAUAUGCUACCAGUGGAACUGGAAACCUUUUGCAUCGGAGUAUAGUUGUGACAGAAAACAAAAUAGUGGAGAGCAAGACAGAAACAUUAUCUCCUCUUGAUGGAACAAAUGAAAAUCAUUGGAAUAACAACAAUGAUAGAAAAAAUGAACACUUACUGAGGUCUGGGCUACUUGGAAUGUGUAAUGAUCCUUAUUGUACUACUUGCCCUACUUACUUCAAGGGCUCUCUGCAAAGACUUCCAAAAUCUUCCACUAUGUUUGAUCCCAAGUUCCACUUCCAGAAUGCUUUUUAUGGGGAUGCCAAGGGUUUUGGGAGAAAAUUUAUAUCUUUCUGCUCUUCAUUUGUUCCUGGAGUUAUGAACCCUCACACAAAAGUUGUACAACAAUGGAACAAGUUUUUGGCCAUAUUUAGCUUGGUGGCAAUCUUUGUGGAUCCAUUAUUUUUGUUCUUAAUCUAUGUGCAGAAGGAUGAUAAAUGUAUUGUUAUCAACUGGAACAUGACAAGAACACUAGUUCUAUUAAGAAGUAUAAAUGAUUUUGUAUAUUUCUUGAACAUUCUUCUGCAGUUUAGGUUGGCCUAUGUUUCUCCAGAGUCAAGGGUGGUUGGUGCUGGAGAUUUAGUUGACCAUCCCAAGAAAAUUGCUGUGCAUUACCUGCAGGGUUACUUUCUUAUCGAUUUGUUUGUUGUAUUUCCUCUUCCUCAGAUAAUGAUAUUGUUGGUCCUACCAAGACACUUGGGGUUAUCAGGAGCAAACUAUGCUAAGAAUCUUCUGCGUGCAGCAAUCCUUGUGCAGUAUAUUCCCAGAUUAUUCAGGUUUCUGCCUCUGCUAAUUGGACAGUCUCCAACAGGAUUUAUAUUUGAGUCAGCCUGGGCAAAUUUCAUCAUAAAUCUUCUCAUUUUUAUGCUUGCUAGCCAUGUUGUUGGCUCUUGCUGGUACCUAUUUGGUCUACAGAGGGUUAAUCAAUGUUUGAGAGAUGCCUGCCGUAAUUCUCCUAUUGCUAGAUGCAUGACACUCAUUGAUUGUGGACAUGGUCACACCGGAAACAAUGAGUCUGACAAAGCAUUAGCUCUGUGGAGCAAGAAUGCUGAUGCCAUUGCUUGUUUGAAUCCCUCCCCAGGUGGUUUUCAUUAUGGGAUCUAUGCCAAUGCUGUACCACUUACUACAGAAACUAAUGUGGUUAACAAAUAUGUUUAUUCUCUAUUUUGGGGGUUCCAGCAAAUCAGUACUCUGGCUGGUAAUCUAACCCCAAGCUAUUUUGGGUGGGAAGUCCUUUUCACCAUGGCCAUCAUAGGAUUGGGACUCUUGCUUUUUGCGCUUCUCAUUGGAAACAUACAGAACUUUCUUCAAGGUCUUGGACGGAGGAGGUUAGAAAUGCAACUUAGAGGCCGUGAUGUUGAGCAAUGGAUGAGCCAUCGUCGCUUACCAGAAGAUCUAAGGAAGAAAGUGAGACAGGCUGAACGUUAUAAUUGGGCUGCAACAAGGGGAGUGAAUGAAGAAAUGCUUCUUGAGAAUUUGCCUGAAGAUCUUCAGAGAGACAUAAGACGUCAUCUAUUUAAAUUUGUUGAGAAAGUCCGAAUUUUCAACCUGAUGGAUGAGCCCAUCUUAGAUGCCAUAUGUGAGAGACUAAGACAAAAGACAUACAUCAAAGGAAGUAUAAUUUUGAGCCAGGGUGGUCUAGUAGAGAAGAUGAUCUUUAUUGUGCGUGGAAAAUUGGAGAGUAUUGGAGAAGAUGGAAUUGGAGUACCCUUAUCGGAAGGGGAUGCUUGUGGUGAAGAACUUCUAACAUGGUAUCUUGAACAUUCUUCUGUAAGCAAAGAUGGUAAAAAUGUAAGGUUACCGGGACACAGGUUACUUAGCAACAGGACAGUAAAGUGCUUAACAAAUGUAGAGACUUUUUCACUCAAAGCUGCAGACCUUGAAGAAGUCACAACACUAUUCAUGAGAUUCUUGCGGAAUCUUCGAGUUCAAGGAUCCCUAAGGUAUGAAUCACCUUACUGGAGAUCCCUGGCCGCAACUCGAAUUCAGGUUGCCUGGAGAUACAACAAGAAACGUCAAAGUCGUGUGCUGAUACAUCACAGUCAGAUGAAAAAUUGAAAUUGUUGCUUGUUUAGUCACUUUACUUCCUUGUUUCCAUUUACAAAUAUUCCUUUAAAAAUUUAAUAAUAACUAGCAACUGAUUAUGUUGCUUUGCUUAUAAUGAAAGAGUCUUUCCCUUCAUUUCAUCUUU